GCAGCACGUAAAACAAAACAGAUGCCACCACAAAUCAGCGACAGAGAGGACGUCAACCAAAUUAGCCACCAGCUCUCCCAGGCGGAGUGGAGUCUUGUGUGAGAGGACUGGAGAGAGGCACACACAACGACCCACCUAGACGGCCCUAGUUAAUAUAGCUCCAAGAUAAACUUAUUCACUCCGCUGAUCCAGAAAGUAUCAAGAAAAAACGACGUUUCUCAGACACGGAAGCUCACCAGGCGGCAGACAUCGCUAUGGCCCAGGAGACCAAUCAGAGCCCAGUUCCUAUGCUCUGUGCUAAUGGCUGUGGUUUCUAUGGCAACCCUAGGACUAAUGGCAUGUGCUCCGUGUGCCAUAAGGAGCACCUGUCAAGGCAGAACAAUGGAGGAGUCAGUACUUUGAGUACUGUGGGCAGCAGCAGCGGCCCCACAGCUGAGGCUUCUGCCAUCCAGAGGUUAGAGGCCACCUUGAAUAAUGCUGCAGCGGCUGCAGUCGCCGCUGCAGAGGUGGCAGCCGAGGCCGCUGCCUCUGCUGAGGCUGCUGCUGCAGAAGCUCUCAGUGGAGUUUCGACUGCCAUUUCUGUAACACAACAGAUGACUGAAAUGAGCCUCUCCUGUGAGGAAAAAGGAGCAUCAGCAAGCAAAGUAGACCUCACAGAACCAGUGUUGACUCAGCCCACAUCCUCAGCCUCUCAUCCCUCCACUGCUGGCAGUGACGAGUCCAGAGCUCCAGAGCCCACCAAACCCAAAAAGAAUCGCUGCUUUAUGUGCCGCAAAAAGGUUGGCCUUACAGGUUUUGACUGCCGCUGUGGGAAUCUGUUCUGCGGAAUCCACCGUUAUUCCGAUAAGCACAACUGUCCGUACGACUACAAAGCUGAAGCUGCUGACAAGAUCCGCAAAGAGAACCCUGUGGUUGUCGCUGACAAGAUCCAGAGAAUAUGAAGAGGACUCUCAGUUUGACUGUGAACACUGAGAGUGAUCGGCUUUAAAAAGAAAAAUGGACUCGAGCCCAGCCUUCUGCCCGAAGGACCUGUUUUUGUUUUUUUUCUCCUCGUUUGUUACACGUUCAAGACUUUUCCCCCAGUGCAUGAAAGUUCACGUAUAUUUUCAGCUUUGGUUCUUGUUUUUGUGUGAGUUUAACACUUCUGGAGGGUUGUAAAUGAGGAUGGGGGGGAGGGGUCCGUAUCGUUGGAGAUUACUGAAGAAAAAGUCAUUAGUAUUUUAGAAGAUGCUGUCGAUGGCUGCGCAGGCUGUCGCGCGAUCCCGCUGAGAUCGCCUGAACUCUGCCUGGAAAGAGCCCGGACACAUGGGCCUAUUUGGACUCUCAGACUUUUACUGCUGUUGGCUGAUGGCGCCACCUCAGCCGUGCUUGCUCUCUGCUGGCUUGAGUAGCAAAAUGGAUGAUUGUCUGUUUAUGUUUGUGGCCUCCGCUUAACUCUGUGAGGUCAGAGUUUAACCCUCCUUAGUCGUCAGAAUUUGCGUCCCGGUGAGUUUUUAUCAACCUGAAAUGCUUCUCUGUGCCGCCAGAGUCACAUCCACUCCGCCCCUCCCCCCUCCC